AAGGGGGAGGAAGGGGAACAGAGGAAGGGAGGCACGGAGGGACGGAGAGAGAGAGAGAGAGAGGAGAGAGAGAGAGAGAGAGAGAGCUGCCUUAUAGCUGCUAAGAUUGCAGACAGAAAUAGCACAACCACCGUGAGCUGUGUGAGACUCAGAAACCAAGACCACAUUUUAUCCACUUUCUUUAAUCAGUUGCUCAGAAAGAAGGAAAUGACAUCCACUCUAGUCGUCUUCUACAUCAUCAUUAUUGGAAAAUAUUUAGCUCCCGGGAGCACCGAGGAUGUCGAGUGUCCCCUUGGCUUCUUCCCUUGUGGGAACCUCACAAAGUGCUUGCCUCAGCUGCUGCACUGCAACGGUGUAGACGACUGUGGGAAUCAAGCCGACGAGGACAACUGUGGAGACAACAAUGGGUGGUCUCUACAGUUUGACAAAUAUUUUGCUAAUUACUACAAGCUGACUCCCGUGAAUCCCUUCAAGGCAGACACCUCUGAAUGCUUGAUUGGCUCUGUGCCCAAGCGUUGUUUUUGCCGAGAUCUAGAGCUUGACUGUGAUGAAGCCAAUUUACGAGCUGUUCCUUCAGUUUCUUCCAAUGUGACUGUAAUGUCCCUUCGGUGGAACAUCAUAAGAAAGCUUCCUCCCAAUGGCUUCAGGAGGUACCACGAACUGCAGAAGCUGUGCCUGCAAAACAACAAGAUCCAGUCUGUAUCCACCUCAGCUUUCAGAGGACUGCACAGCCUCACUAAACUGUACCUCAGCCAUAACAGAAUAACCUUCCUGAAGCCAGGGGUCUUUGGAGAUCUCCACAGACUGGAAUGGCUGAUAAUUGAAGAUAAUCACCUCAGCCAAAUUUCCCCACUAACAUUUUAUGGACUAAAUUCUCUUAUUCUCUUGGCGCUGAUGAAUAACUUCCUCACUCGUCUGCCAGACAAGCCUCUCUGUCAGCACAUGCCCCGGCUACAUUGGCUGGACUUUGAAGGCAACCAUAUCCAUAACUUAAGAAAUUUGACUUUUAUUUCCUGCAAUAAUUUAACUGUUUUGGUAAUGAGGAAAAACAAAAUUAAUCACUUAAAUGAACAUACAUUUAUGCACCUCAAGAAACUAGAUGAAUUGGAUUUAGGAAGUAAUAAAAUUGAAAAUCUUCCACCGCACAUAUUUAAGGAUCUGAAGGAGCUGUCACAAUUGAAUAUUUCCUAUAACCCAAUACAGAAAAUCCAAGAAAAUCAAUUUGAUUGUCUUGCCAAACUCAAGUCUCUCAGCCUAGAAGGAAUUGAAAUCUCAAAUAUCCAACAAAGGAUGUUUAAACCUCUUAUGAAUCUCUCCCACAUAUAUUUUAAGAAAUUUCAGUACUGUGGAUACGCACCACAUGUUCGCAGCUGUAAGCCCAACACUGACGGAAUUUCAUCUCUGGAGAACCUCUUGGCAAGCAUUAUUCAGAGAGUAUUUGUCUGGGUUGUAUCUGCAAUCACCUGCUUUGGAAACCUUUUUGUCAUCUGUAUGAGACCGUACAUCAGGUCUGAAAACAAGCUGCAUGCCAUGUCAAUCAUUUCUCUCUGCUGUGCCGACUGCCUAAUGGGAAUAUAUUUAUUUGUGAUUGGAGCCUUUGAUCUCAAGUUUCGGGGCGAGUACAAUAAGCAUGCUCAGCCAUGGAUGGAGAGUGUUCAUUGUCAGCUAAUGGGAUCACUGGCCAUUCUGUCCACAGAAGUAUCUGUUUUACUUUUAACAUUUCUGACACUGGAAAAAUACAUCUGCAUUGUAUAUCCUUUUCGGUGUUUAAGACCACGAAAAUGCAGAACAAUUACAGUUCUAAUUCUCAUUUGGAUUAUUGGGUUUAUAGUGGCUUUCACUCCACUAAUCAAUAAGGAAUUUUUCAAAAACUACUAUGGCACCAAUGGGGUGUGUUUUCCUCUUCAUUCAGAAGAUACAGAAAGUGCUGGAGCCCAGAUUUAUUCAGUGGUAAUUUUUCUUGGUAUUAAUCUGGCAGCGUUUAUCAUCAUCGUUUUUUCCUAUGGAAGCAUGUUUUACAGUGUUCAUCAAAGCACCAUAACAGCAACUGAAAUACGGAAUCAAGUGAAAAAAGAGAUGAUCCUCGCCAAGCGCUUUUUCUUCAUUGUAUUUACUGAUGCAUUAUGCUGGAUACCCAUUUUUAUACUGAAAUUUCUUUCACUGCUUCAAGUGGAAAUACCAGAUACCAUCACCUCUUGGGUAGUCAUCUUUAUUCUGCCUAUCAACAGUGCUUUGAACCCAAUUCUCUAUACCUUGACCACCAGACCUUUCAAAGAAAUGAUCCGUCAACUCUGGUACAACUACAGGAGAAGAAGGUCUAUGGACAGCAAAGACCCUCAGAAGGCAUGCACUCCGCCAUUCAUCUGGGUGGAAAUGUGGCCCCUGAAAGAGAUUCCAACUGAGUUAAUGAAGCCAGCAGCUUUCACAGACCCCUGUGAAAUGUCACUCAUUUCUCAGUCAACAAGACUCCAUUCCUAUUAGUAACUGACUCGGAGAAUAUUGUGAAGUGCUUCAGGAGAAACUUAAUGAUAUGAAAUAAAUGCGGCAACAUUUACAAUUUAUGGCUAAGACGAGGUAGUUUAAAGUGACAUCAGGAAAGAUAAAGGUAGCUGGUGUUCAUAUAAAAAGAACUAUGCUGAUAAUAUGUAUAUAUAGUAGUACAUGUUUGCAUAGGAAAUUAAGAGAAAUCUACUUCUAGCAUGAAUUUAUGCACACUGCAUGGAGGCAAACUGCUGGAUGUACACAACACAGAGCCUUUUUAAUCUAUGCAUUGUGUUUAACGACAAAAGAUUAUGCAGAUUCCAUCUACAGCUCAUAGAUUUCUCUGUUAUGCAUAUCAGCAAACUUAAGAAUCAUAGACAUUUUAAAAUUAGGGUUUAAAGUUUUGUAAUAUCCAAAUGUAAUAGCAUCAGAAAAAUGACUGGGUGGGUGAGAUGGCUCAUUGGAUAAAAGUGGUUGCCACACAAGCCUGGCAACCUAAACUUAAUCCCCAGAACC